AUGAACGACCUGAUCUUCGAGUGGCAGGAGAACGGUCCUGUGCAGGUGGCAGAAGGACUGACUCUGCCUCAGUUCAUCAUGAGAGACGAGACCGACCUGCGCUACUGCACCAAGCACUACAAUACAGGUAAGUUCACGUGUAUCGAGGCUCGCUUCCACCUGGAGAGGCAGAUGGGUUAUUACCUGAUCCAGAUGUACAUCCCGUCUCUGCUCAUCGUGAUCCUCUCCUGGGUCUCCUUCUGGAUCAACAUGGACGCCGCCCCGGCCCGAGUGGCUCUCGGUAUCACCACGGUCCUCACCAUGACCACGCAGAGCUCAGGGUCUCGCACCUCCCUCCCCAAGGUCUCCUAUGUGAAGGCCAUAGACAUCUGGAUGGCGGUGUGUCUCCUCUUCGUCUUCUCUGCUCUUCUAGAAUACGCCGCCGUCAACUUUGUGUCGAGACAACACAAAGAACUGCUGCGGUUCAGACGCUACAAGACCAAGACCAAGUCCCUGUGUCCAAGCGCGGUGGACCCAGAGGAGCUCGCCGAGUCUCUGAGACGAGUGGCCCUCAACGGACUCACGGGGGACCUCUACCCCAGCCAGGCCAGCCACCACCCCAACCAGGCCAGCCAUCACCCCAACCAGGCCAGCCACCACCCCACCCAGGCCAGCCACCACCCCACCCAGGCCAGCCACCACCCCAACCAGGCCAGCCACCAGGCCAGCCACCACCCCAACCAGGCCAGCCACCACCCCAGCCAGGCCAGCCACCACCCCAACCAGGCCAGCCAUCACCCAAACCAGGCCAGCCACCACCCCAACCAGGCCAGCCACCACCCCAACCAGGCCAGCCACCACCCCAACCAGCCCAGCCACCACCCCAACCAGCCCAGCCCCCACCCCAACCAGCCCAGCCCCCACCCCAACCAGGCCAACCACCACCCCAACCAGGCCAGCCCCCACCCCAACCAGGCCCACCACCACCCCAACCAGGCCAGCCACCACCCCAACCAGGCUAACCACCACCCCAGCCAGACCCCAGUCACAAAGGCACCAGCAGUACCAGCCUGUGCCACACCAGGCCCAGUCAUGCCAGCUGUCCUGCCCCAGCCUCAGACCCACCUCCCCCAGCUCCUGCAACUCCAGCACAGGGAGUCUGAGGUCCGGGAGAGCCGGAUCACCUCCACCCCCAGCGGAACCAAAGACCCCAAGACCUCCCUGAACCACGCCCUGACCUCCUCAAACCCGGACCAGCCGGGACCUAACGGCGCUAACGGAGCUAGCGGCGCCACCGCAGCUCCCACCAGCGGGGGGCGCUCCACGGACGAGAUGCGGAAACUGUUCAUCGACCGAGCCAAGAAGAUCGACACCGUGUCCCGGGCCGGAUUCCCUCUGGCCUUUCUCUUCUUCAACAUCUUCUACUGGGUCCUCUACAAGAUCCUGCGGCACGAGGACUUCAACCCGCAGCAGUAG